AGCUGAAUACCUCUUCCCUCGUUCCUUGGCCGUGGCCUCAAAUUCUUCAAUUCUUUUCAUCGUAGUCCAUCCCACCAUCUGCUACUCUUCACACCGAGAAACCAUGUCUGAAAAGCCUACAACUGACUUUAUCGAGCCUAAGGGCGUCGAAGGCACUUACCUUGAGAAUGGUGUCGAUGCUACUGAGCAUGUUGACCUAAACGCCAAUCUUGAAGCGAGAAUCAAGAAUCCUCUCAAGGGCAUCCCCCGCGAGCAGCUGAUGCGCGAUGUUGAAGCGUUCGCCCACGAAAAGAACCUAGUCGAGUACAUUCCAGUUCUGCGCAAGGGCGCCCUCGUCGCUCAGAACCCCAACGAUUUCGAAGACCUAGAUGGCGAGGAAGCCCUCGACGAAGUCGAGAAGACAGUCCUUCGCGAUGAGAUUCUACACCGAUGGCGCAUGCCGGCGCGUCUAUUCUUAACCAUUGCAACCUGUUCCAUUGGUGCCGCUGUCCAAGGUUGGGAUCAGACGGGAAGUAACGGUGCCAACAUCUUCUUCCCUGACUACUAUGGUAUUGGCUCUAAGUCCACCCGGGACCGAAUUCUCGUCGGUCUCGUCAACUCUGGUCCCUAUAUUGGAAGUGCUUUCAUUGGUUGCUGGCUUUCGGAUCCCAUUAACAACUGGCUUGGUCGUCGUGGUGUUAUUUUCACCUCUGCUCACUUCUGUCUCUGGCCUGUCAUCGGUUCUGCUUUCUGCCACACAUGGGAACAACAAUUAGCUUGCCGUCUGCUUAUGGGUAUCGGAAUGGGUGUGAAGGCUUCAACUGUGCCCAUCUACGCUGCCGAAAACGCCCCCGCUUCGAUCCGUGGUGCUCUGGUUAUGUCCUGGCAAAUGUGGACUGCUUUCGGUAUCUUCCUCGGAACUGCCAUCAACCUUGCUGUCUUCUACCACCCUCUUAACUGGAGAUUGAUGUUGGGCGCUCCCUUCAUCCCGGCCGUCCCUCUAUUAUGCUUGAUCUACCUGUGCCCCGAGUCCCCACGUUGGUUGAUGAAGAAGAAUCGCUACGCUGAGGCCUGGACGGCGAUGAACAAGCUCCGAAACAAUCCGAUUCAGGUCGCUAGAGAUAUCUACUACAUCCACGCCCAGUUGUCAAUUGAGUCGCAAAUCAUUGGCAGGAGCAACUACAUCACUCGUUUCACUCAGCUAUUCACCAUCCCUCGUGUGCGACGUGCCAACAUUGCUGCUUUCACCGUCAUGAUUGCGCAACAGAUGUGCGGUAUCAACAUCAUCGCCUUCUACUCCAGCACUGUCUUCGUCGAGUCCGGAUACACCCAGUUCCAAGCCAUGUUAUGCUCAUUCGGUUUCGGUCUAGUCAACUGGCUCUUCGCUUUCCCUGCCUUCUGGACCAUCGACACUUUCGGACGUCGAUCUCUGCUUCUCUUCACCUUCCCUCAGAUGAUGUGGACCCUGCUCGCAGCCGGUCUUUGCACACUUCUCCCCCUUGGAACAGCGAGAACUGCUCUCGUGGCUCUCUUCGUCUUUCUGUUCGCCGCUUUCUACUCUCCCGGUGAAGGUCCCGUACCUUUCACAUACAGUGCUGAGGUCUACCCUCUAUCUCACCGUGAGGUCGGUAUGGGUUUCGCUGUCGCCACUUGCCUAGGAUGGGCCGCUGUUCUCAGUAUCACUUUCCCCUUCAUCCUCGACAGACUACAAACUGUCGGUGCCUUCGGGCUAUAUGCUGGUUUCAACUUAGUCGCCGUCAUCAUGAUCUUCUUCUUGGUGCCUGAGACAAAGCAGCGCACCCUCGAGGAACUCGACUACGUCUUUGCUGUGCCCAACCGCAAGUUCGCCAGCUACCAGGUCACCAAGGCUCUUCCCUGGUGGUUCAAGCGCUACGUCUUCUUCCAGCGCAACGCUGUCCUCGAGCCCCUUUACCGCCGCGACGACGACGAGACCUCGCACCCCAUCCGUGCGAGCAAGUCGUAAAUACAUGCGCGAAUUGGAAUUAAAUAAACGGGAAAAGGUGUUGGCUGGUUGGCUCUGGGGGUACAGGCGGUGGCAGGGAUGGUUUUACGUGCUCGGGUCAAGAGCGAGACCGGGUUACACGAUCAUUUAGAUAUAAAUUCUGCGAAUACCCAAACUUUUCAUAUUCUAGAUUAUUAUAGGGAUUUCCCGUAUACAAAUCUAUCGUUUAACAAAUAUCUUCAGUCUUCCUCUGUGCAAUUUCGCCUGUGAAACAUGAGUUUCUAGAAUGCUUCGUCGACAUUUUAACCUUACAUGACUCCUAAAAAGGGUAAAUCCUACACUUACUACGUUUGGAUGGCCCCUACUCGGCCAUUGGCUGGAGGGUCUAUACCCGUAGACGGAAAUAAACCACGCGAUUGACCCCUCGACCCCAGAGUCGGGACUUAGCCUGGCACGAUACCCCCCCUGCCAGCUAACCAAAACAAC